GCAACAAUGAGUUCAGUUCAGGCUUUGAGAGAGUUUAUCAACCAGCGACUAACUGCUGCUGCUGGAGAAAUAUUCACCGUGUUUCAACAAACUAUCGUCCAGUUCGAGGAGGAGAUUUAUCGACAGAGAAAACGUCUGGAAAUCAAGUGGAAACAUCAAGUCAGGUUACACAGAGCAGAGAGUCCACAGCAACACAUUGGUAACCAGAAGACGAGCUCCAGUCUGGAGCAGGAGGAACAUGAAGCUCCACACAUUAAAGAGGAGGAGGAUGUUGUUGAGGUGACUGUUACUGAUGGUGAAGGAGACGAUUCCCACCACUCUGUGAGAGACUUGACCACCCAGAGACUAACUGCUGCUGCUGAGGAGAUAUUCACCCUGUUUCAACAAGCUGUGGUUCAGUACGAGGAGGAGAUUGGUCGUCAACGCAGAAUGCUGGAAAUCAACUGGAAUCCUCAAAUCAAAUUAACCGGAACAGAGCUCCAACAGGACCUUGACUGCAGAGAGGAGCAGCUCUUUAAACAGGAAACAAACCACUGUCUGGAAGAGGACGAAUCAGAACCUCCACAGAUCAAAGAAGAAAAUGAACCAGAACCUUCACAGAUCAGAGACGACAAAGAAGAACCAGGACUUCAUCAGUUUAAGGAGGAGCAGGAGGAGCCAAAAUCCUCACAGUUUGAGGAACACGAGGAACUCAGUACCAGCCAGAAGGGAGAAUCAUUUAUUGUGAAGGUUGAAAGUGAAACCUUUAAGGUUCCUUCUGUUGAGGAUCAAAGUGACCUGAGUGAACCAGGAGUACCAGAGACUGAGCAGUUCCUCUCUCAGGACUCUGAAGUCCACCAUGUGAAAAGACACAUUGACUCAGAAUCAACUCAAAAUGCAAAGCUGAAAAAACUCAACGUGUUUCAUAGAAACAGCGUGAACAACUUUCGUGUUUCAGAGAAGCAGGCUGAAUGUGAAAAGCUUCUUUGUGAAGAAACGUGUGAGAAAACUGACCAUAAAAAACAUCAGUUAUGUGAGAAAGACAAAAAGGUCACUGAUAAGAAGACACUUUGUCAAACAUGUGGGAAAAGUUUCAGAAAAUGGUAUGAGUUGAAGGUUCACAUCAGAAUGCACACAGGUGAGAAGCCGUAUUCAUGUGAAACAUGUGGCAAAAGUUUCAGUCGACAGAGUCAUUUGAAGGUUCACAUGAGAAUACAUACAGGUGAGAAGCCUCUUUCUUGUGAAACAUGUGGCAAAAGGUUCAAUCAAUGGCGUGAUUUGAAGGUCCACUUGAGACAUCACACAGGUGAGAAGCCGUAUUCUUGUGAAACAUGUGGCAAAAGUUUCAGUCGACAGAGUAGUUUGUUGCACCACAUAAACAUUCAGACAGGUGAGAAGCCGUAUUCUUGUGAAACAUGUCGGAAAAGUUUCAGAAAACGGUGUGAGUUGAAGGUUCACAUGAGAAUUCACACAGGUGAGAAGCCGUAUUCUUGUGAAACAUGUCGGAAAAGUUUCAGAAAACGGUGUGAGUUGAAGGUUCACAUGAGAAUUCACACAGGUGAGAAGCCGUAUUCUUGUGAAACAUGUAGCAAAAGGUUCAGUCGACAGAGUCAUUUGAAGAUUCACAUGAGAAUUCACACAGGUGAGAAGCCGUAUUCUUGUGAAACUUGUGGCAAAAGGUUCAGCCAACACAGUAAGAUGAUGAUCCACAUGAGAACUCACACAGGUGAGAAGCCUCAUUCUUGUGAAAUAUGUGGCAAAAGGUUCAGUCAACUGCGUGAUUUGAAGUUCCACUUGAGAACUCACACAGGUGAGAAGCCUGAGAAGCGUUAUUCUUGUGAAACAUGUGGCAAAAGUUUCAGUCGACAGAGUUCUUUGAGGGUUCACAUGAGAUUUCACACAGGUGAGAAGCCUCAUUCGUGUGAAACAUGUGGCAGAAGUUUCAGUCGACAGAGUCAUUUGAAGGUUCAUAUGAGAAUUCAUACAGGCGAAAAGCCGUUUCCUUGUGAAACAUGUGGCAAAAGUUUCAGUAGUCACAGUUCUUGGUUGCGCCACAUGAGAAUUCACACAGGUGAGAAGCUUCAUUCUUGUGAAUUAUGUGGCAGAAGUUUCAGUCAAAGGCGUGAUUUGAAGGUUCACAUGAGAAGUCACACAGGUGAGAUCAGUCAGCAGAGUGAUUUGUUGGACCACACGGGAACUCAAAAAGAUGAGAAGCCUCAUCCUUGUGAAAGGUGACAAAAGUUUCAGUUGACAGAGUAGUUUGUCACACCACAUAAACAUUCUGACAGGUGAGAAACCGUAUUCUUGUGAAACAUGUAGGAAACGUUUCAGUCAACAGAGUCAUUUGAAGGUUCACAUGGGAGCUCACAAAGGUGAGAAGCCCAAUUCUUGUGAAACGUGGGAGAAGUUUCAUUCAACAGAGUGAUUUGUUGUUCCACAUUGAAAGUCACACAGGUGAGAAACGAUAUUCAUGUGAAAUAUGUGGGGAAAGAUUAAUUUAUUGUAAUUCAUUGCUGCACCACCGGAAUACUCACGAAUGGAUGAAAUCGUGAAAGUGAGAGGUGUCAUUCAGGAAGUCCAGCUUGAACCCAAAAUCACAAGAAAUCCAGUUUGAAGGAAAUACUGCUGAUUCAGAUACUGUUUACACUGUGCUUCAGGAAAGUUUGUGGUCUGUCACAAUAACUGAACUUUCAAGAAAUGGAAAUAAAAU